AUGUUAUUUCCUGCUUUGCUGCUGCUGGCGCUGUCUUCAGUGGUAGGUUCAAAAGAGUGCCCUCACCACUGCCUCUGCUACGAACACUCGGAUUUGGUGGACUGCCGAGCGCGCGGGUUCCUCCAAGUGCCCCAUGGCCUGUCCCAUGGCACCUGGCUGCUGGACCUGGGUGGUAACUUGCUGAUGGAAGUGAGGAGCCGUGCCUUUGCCGGACUUUGGUCACUGCGUGUCCUGGUGCUGUCUGAUAGUGGAAUCCAGCUGCUGCAACCCGAGGCCUUCUACUCCCUCUCCUUUCUGGAGAAGCUGGACAUGAGCCGUAACAAGCUGCGCCGGCUGCCGUCGGACUUCUCCCACAGUCUGUCCUCGGUCCGGGAGCUCCGGCUGGACCACAACACCCUUGAGCGGCUGGAAGUCUCCAGCCUGGAGCACCUGGAGAGCCUGGAGAAGCUGGACCUCAGCCACAACCACAUCACCUUCCUCCAGCCAGGAGCCUUCCGGGGCCUGUCUCGACUGCGCCACCUCUACCUCCAUGCCAACCAGCUGGGAGCUGUGCGCCAUGGUUCCCUGUCCAUGCUGCCCGUCCUGGAGGCCCUGCAGCUGGGCCAGAACAACAUCACUCACAUCGACACGGAAGCUCUGGCUCCCCUGCACAGCCUCACCCUGCUGGGCCUAGAGGGAAACCAGCUGCAGCACCUUAAGUUCAAGACCUUCUUGAGCCUCCACACGGCCGGCACCCACCUGCAGCUAGCUGGCAACCCGUGGAACUGCGACUGCGACCUGCACCGGGUCUUCAGCAAGCUGCUGAGUGUGCGCCACUUGCACGUUGACGACUACCACAACGUGACGUGCCGCGAGCCUUUGCAGCUGGCGGGUGCCUCGCUGGCGUGGGUGGACAGUCAGUUGUGCAUGGCAGAGACGGCCACCGUGCUGGUCAUCACUGUGACGGUGCUGGUUACCGUGUUGGCAGCUGUGGUUAUGGCUGAGCACACCCGCAAGAAGAACCAACGUGGCGGCAAGAGCUGGGAUGCUGAGUCGCAGUCCCAGGAGAGGUGA